AUGAGAGCCGUCGCGGCUGCCGCCUCUCCCCCGCUCCGUACCCUCCUCCUCCUCUUCUCACCCCACCUCCCUGCACCAACCCCGCGCCCCCGGUCCCUGUUCUCCAUGAACCCUUCGUCGUCGUCCUCCUCCUCUAGCCGCUACCACUCCAGGGCCGCUGCCUUCGCUUCCCCGCAGCCGCGCGGCGGUGGCGGGAGGCGGCGCGGCGGUGGCGGCCGCGGAGGCGGAGACGGAGACGGGAGCGACCGCAUCGACGCCCUCGGCCGCCUCCUGUAG